GACAUUUUUAUGAAUUGAUCCUAAAAUGUGACGUGAUUGUCUAAAUCACAGUAAAAAUAGAUACUCAUGAUGUGGUAAACAGACAGUAUUAAUAGAUAACAGACAGUAUUAAUAGAUACUCGUGAUGUGGGUAAACAGACAGUAUUAAUAGAUAACAGACAGUAUUAAUAGAUACUCAUGAUGUGGUAAACAGACAGUAUUAAUAGAUAACAGACAGUAUUAAUAGAUACUCGUGAUGUGGAUAAACAGACAGUAUUAAUAGAUAACAGACAGUAUUAAUAGAUACUCAUGAUGUGGUAAACAGACAGUAUUAAUAGAUAACAGACAGUAUUAAUAGAUACUCGUGAUGUGGGUAAACAGACAGUAUUAAUAGAUAACAGACAGUAUUAAUAGAUACUCAUGAUGUGGUAAACAGACAGUAUUAAUAGAUAACAGACAGUAUUAAUAGAUACUCGUGAUGUGGGUAAACAGACAGUAUUAAUAGAUAACAGACAGUAUUAAUAGAUAACAGACAGUAUUAAUAGAUACUCGUGAUGUGGUAAACAGACAGUAUUAAUAGAUAACAGACAGUAUUAAUAGAUAACAGACAGUAUUAAUAGAUAACAGACAGUAUUAAUAGAUACUCGUGAUGUGGAUAAACAGACAGUAUUAAUAGAUACUCGUGAUGUGGAUAAACAGACCCACCUCUUAUAGUGAGGAGGAGCAUCAUGGGUAAUCAGUCGGGGAACAGUCAAUUUCAAGCAGAAAGAAUCUUAAAAUGAGGCAAUAAUACAAUAUUAGAGACUCUGAUUAAACAUAAAAAACUAUACUACUAAAACACAUAUACAACUAUUAUACAAUCUACCAGAGUUAUAAACAAAACAGCUCUUAAUCACACCACUACUGAUUAUUUCAAUGAAUUGUGUUUAUAAUUCAUAUAUACUUUAUUAUGAAAAUAGGAAAAAUACAAAUUUGAAUAUAAAGAAAAAAAGUGUCAUUAGAAAGAUACUGAAGACCUAAUGCUUCCAUGCAAAUGGUUGUUUCAUAUGGGAUCUGUGUUUGUAAACAAGUUGUGUAAAGCAGGCAUGACUCAGAAUGUGUAAGCCCAGGAUCAUAAGAGCUUUACGCCCAACCUGAGCUUCAUUGACACAUUGCACCUUGAGUACGGGACGUUCGGAUGACUGCAACAGACAGACCACUGCUUUACACUCAGACCUGUCCAGGCCGCUACUCCGUCCCGGUUGCUUCACUCUGUUGGAUCUUCUCACAUCUGUGUUUGUAAGUAUUUUGAGUAUACUGUGGUAUCAUUGGGUACUGAGAACCUAGAGGAGUCUGUUUGUCAUAUAGUAUGUCUAGAUAUAUCGAAAUGUAUUUGAAGUGGCAAGGCUGGGGUUGUCUUCUGAGUGCACCAAUGCAUCCUUACAUGUUCUCCUAAAUAGUCCUGUUUGAUUGCAGUGUGUAAGUACACUUGCACAAAGAUAUGAAGAUGAAUACAUGUGUGUUGGGACACGUGAAAGAUUAGCACAGCCUGAUUAAAGAGGGAUAAUGCCACUACGCAUGCUUAUUUUACAGGACCACAGGCUGAACUUUAACACAUCAGUUAACACAACAACAGCCUGUGUCUCACGGCGUGGACAGCGGGUGGUUUUCCCAGGUGUACUCCAGCAGAUGAACUGAUUAGUGAAACGUUUUGUUUAAAACAGCAUGAGUAGCUUUGAAGACCUCCCCUUUAAGACCCUCAUGGGCCCUCUAGACGAGCCGCCGGACGAGACUCGAGAGGUCACGGCCCCAGACCUAAACAUUCCAGACUGCCUUCAAAUACUUCAUGAUACAACGGUGGGACCCAAUGAUAUUUAUCAUAUUUAUUUAAAGAAACAUUGUGGAGGCCUGUUUCACAAGACACAUUCCUUUUUUUUUUGUUGGUAGGACUACCACUACACCAACUAGCUGGGCAUGAAAAAUGAUGAUUAAUGUAUGAGCUCACAAUUGAUGGCAUUUUGUACGGUUUGGCCACUUGGUUCUUUACACCAUCCAUGUGUAUGUUUCUCUACAGUAUGAAUUCGCCCUGGAAAACUGGGUCCUAAGUGGUCUUGGAGGGUUGUGUGGUCUUAACGUGGAGUCGCCUGAUCCUCUGUCAAGCACUCUUCCCUCCUGCCCCCCUCACCGGAUGAUGCUCAGCAGCCCGCAGGAGAGUCGCUCGUCCAGACGCAGAAACGUUGAAAGCUGGGAGUCAAGGCGACGCCCGCGUAGCAACAGCCUGGGCGCUGCCGAUGCGGGCUACCCACCUCAGCAUCGCUCAGUGAAGUUCCUGGUGGAGUCUGAGUGGGAUGCUGGUGGAUACUCUGAGGAUGAUGAGGGCUCGCCCACGGAGGACGUCCCCUUCCUCUCCUGUCAGUGUGGGGAGAGGCCACGCAGCUCCGGGGCCAAGCGCCAGGGUUCCAGACAGAGCUCUUCUCCUCACCGAUCCGGGCCUUCUUCCCCGCGGAACGCGCCGCGCCCCAGGAGAUCCGUGUCCACUGGUCAGGACCUCCAGCUGGCCGGGGCUCCACAACGAAUGAACAGUCCGCAGCGCCACGGGCAGAGAGCAUCAAUGAUGAGGCGCAGCACUAGUGGCUCCAAUGGUAGAAGGCACUCAAUGAGCCAGCAGAGCCCAGCCCCACCCCCACCCCCAGCCCCAGUCCCAGCCAUCUCCUCCCUGAUGCAGCCCAGGCCAUCCUCGGCUGGGAACCUCUCUUCAAGCAGAAGUCACAAACCCACUGCACAGAGGACUCAGCGAUGCAAGACCUCCCAUGGACGAGCCUCGGGGCAAGACUCGUCAUCAGAGCUGCUGUCCGCGCUCAGUCAGGACGAGAGGGAGCUGCUAGGUGUCGUGACCGAGCGCGGCUAUUCCGUCCGGACAGCCAUCAUCACAUUGCAGAGAACCGGUCUUCGCAAACCAGAACAGAUCCUGAGUUACCUGGCGGCCUGCAAAAGACUGAGUGGCCUGGGCUACGACCGGGCACAGGUGGAGGAGGCUUUGGAGAUGUUUCAGAACAGCGAAAGCAAGGCUGCAGAGUUCUUGCUUCUCUUGACUCAGUUCAAUGAGAUGGGCUUCCAGCAGCACGCCAUCAAAGAGGUUCUGCUGGUGCAUGGCAACCACCGGGAGAGGGCCUUGGAGGAGCUCAUGAUGAACACAAUAUGAACACCCCGACAGAGAGGGCCUUAGAGGAGCUCAUGAUGAACACUAUAUGAACACCCCGACAGAGAGGAGGUCACGAUGAACACCCCGACAGAGAGAGGAGCUUAGAGGAGCUCAUGAUGAACACUAUAUGAACACCCCGACAGAGAGGAGUUCACGAUGAACACCCCGACAGAGAGGGCCUUAGAGGAGCUCAUGAUGAACACAAUAUGAACACCCCGAGAGAAGGCCUUAGAGGAGCUCACGAUGAACACAAUAUGAACACCCUGACAGAGAGGAGCUCACGAUGAACACAAUAUGAACGUGUACUUCUGAUUAGCCAUAACCACAUUUACCACAUGUACAAAAACAGUCCCCUUUUAGGAAUAAUGUCCCAGGAAAAUGUAACCUACAUUACAGAGGAUAAUAAUUCACCGGCUUGUAGAACGGAUGUACAACCAUUACUCAUACUACUUUACUAGAAAUACAGUAUACUUGAAAUGAAUACUGAUGUGUUCACAUGGAGAAAUGAUGCAAAUACAGUGGGCAUAUACCCUA